AUGGCAUUGACAUAUGAAGCACGUCUGGCCAUAAUAGCCGGCGGAAUCGGCGGACUCGGUUCCUCAGUUGCCUCUCGUCUUCAUGCGCUUGGAGCGGCUGUGGUCCUUUUAUACGCUCCAUUUGAACGAGACCGUGUGAUCGACACGGUGAAGCGGGUGUUUGGUUCUGAGAAGCCCGAAAGGGUAUGGACGUUUGAAUGCGACAUUACCUCGGAGGCCUCUGUUAAAGAGGUCUUGGGCAAGGACGGAAAACUUGCCGAUCCUUUGGCGUUUAAGGCCUUCCCAAGUAUACUGAUCAACGCGGCGGGCUAUGUCUCGGUACAGCCCUUUGAAGAAACCUCGGCGGAAGAGGCGAUGAAGAAUAUUCUGCCGAAUCUUCUGGGCCCGUUCAAUUGCAGUAAUGCUUUCUUCCACCUCUAUCAAUCCAGAGCCGCCCAGAUCAAUGAAUCUCCGCCUCCCGGACGAAUCGUCAGCAUUGCAUCACAGGCUGCCCACGUCGCCCUCGAUGGCCACGGUGCCUACUGCGCCUCCAAGGCCGGUCUGUUGGGACUCACCCGCAGCAUGGCGUCGGAGUGGGCAUCCAAGGGUAUCACUGCCAACACCGUCUCGCCGACAGUGACGUGGACUCCGCUGGCGGCGAAAGCGUGGGCAGAUGAAGACAGGAAGGCGAAGCACUUGGCCCAGAUUCCCACGGGGAGGUUUGCGGUCCCCGAGGAGGUGGCUAGUGCUAUCGAGUUCCUUUGUCGAGACGAGAGUGGCAUGAUUAAUGGGGCGGAUGUCCGAAUCGAUGGCGGAUUUACGAUUCGAUAG